ACCUUCGACGUUCGCUACGAUAAUGAAUUGGCCCAUGACUACUAUGGGGACGGGUCCAAGCUGGCGAACAAUCUUCGAAAGAUCUACGAGGCCCAGCACCUGGAGAUCCCGGACGAAUUUGAGUCCACGCUGACCACCCCUCCCAUCCACUUCAUGUCAUCUUGGACUUCCAGAUGUGAAGGUUCUUACUGUACUACUCCGUACAUAGGUUCCAGUGCGCCCCUUAGGAGGGAAGGUCGAUUUUUGAUAGUUUCAACGGAGCAAGCCACACAUAAUUUGAUGAAUGAAAUGGAUGGGAUACCUUAUCGAUUAUCGAUUAUCAUCAUGUCUUCGACCCCAUCGUCAUCAUCAUCGCCAUCAUCCUCAACUCUGUAUGCACCGAACCAUAAAAGACGCAAAAUACGAAAAGGGACCUUUUCCUGCUGGGAAUGUAAGCAUCGAAAGAGACGAUGCAUCUUCGAGCCCGUCAGCAACCCCAGCUGCGUGUAUUGCGACAGCCGAGGGUUGCAAUGCAUUAGCCAAGCCUUUGCCGAUCCGUCCAGCAACACCAACUAUGAGCAGGUCGAGGAUCGGAUUCAGCACAUUGAAUCUCUCGUGGAUCAUCUACUGCGUCAGCGGAAGAAUGCCCCUCCAACAAUCUCAUCGUCUCGACCCGCAGCUGCAAAGGUUUCCAGGGACAAGCCCCCCCUGUUGAGACAGCACGGGCUCGAUGCAGAAGCCGCCUCCUUUGCUGUCAUCAACCCCAAUGGCGUUUGGCACACGCCCACUCGGUCACUGGGCAGCUUUCUCAUUUCAUACAUCCCUCCUCCCUCCACUGCUGUCAUGAUCCUGACCAAGGGCAAAUUCUUCUAUUUUCCAUUUACGCUGGUGCAGUCGCCCCGGGUAAGUCGUCCACAGGCGACCAUCGACGCAGCGACAGCGAAACCCGAUGCGGCACUGGAACUGCCCUCAUCAAGCACACCACCGGUCGAUCUGGCCCGUAAGCUGGUGCAGCUGGCUCUAGGAUUGCAACAACUCAGCCUGACAUCCUCCCGCGAGGUUCAGCUCCAACUGAGAGAACCACCGGGGGCCGCUGCACAGCGCUAUCUCACGGUCGCGAGCCGCCAUGUCACGUCCGACAACGAGCUCGUCUGUUCGCUGGAGGGGCUGGACACUCUCAUGCUCGAGGCUCGCUAUCAUAUCAACGCGGGAGCCAUGCGGUCCGCGUGGCUCAUCUUCCGGCGGGCCCUCAGCGUGGCGCAGAUGCUGGGCUACCCCCAGCGGCUCCCGCAAGCGAGCCAGAAAACGCAGGCGCUCUUCUUCCGACUGGUGUAUUGCGAUCGGUUCCUGUCGCUCAUUCUUGGGCUACCUCUUUCGCUGUCGGACAAUAGCUUUGCAGCCGAGCAGUUCAUGGCGAAGCUCUCCCCAUUCGACAGACUCGAGCGCAUGCACGUCGUUCUGGCGGGCCGAAUCGCCGAUCGGAACAUGCGCAUGCUGCCUCGCUUCGGCUCGCUCGGACAGAGGGAAGAGGUUGGGUUCGAUGAUUACAAAGAGACCGACGACAUUGACUACGGGUUGAGGAAAGCGAUCCGAUAUUUGCCGCUCGCGUGGUGGGAUCCGCCGGUGCUGGAGAACCAGGUCACCGAGGAGGAGAAAAUGGGGGCCAUUGCGCAGAUCAUCACCCAAAUGCACCACCAUUACCUUCUCAUCAUGCUCUAUCAGCCAUACUUUGUUCAACACCUGGGACGCUCCAAAGAGGCGGACAGUGUGAUUUCUGUCCUUUCGGCCGGGGACCAUGGGUACAAAAAGCUCGCGAUCCUCGCCGCCAGCCGGGAAGUGCUGACUCGAUGUCUGGCCUUCCGCGAUGAGCACCCGAUGAUGUCCUAUCACGGGCUGGAUAACAAGGCCUUCGUGGCAGCAACAGCGCUCUUGAUCAUCCACAUCGACGGACAUAACCUGGGUCGCGCGAAUGCCCUGGAGCACCAACGGCCCUUGGAUCUGAGGACUGUCGACAAUGUCAUCGAUAUCCUGGAGCGGCUAUGUUUGCGGAAUCACUUGACCAGCCCGACGAUCAGCGUCGUGCGAAAACUGAGAAUGAUCGAGGAAGAGGCGGCAGAUGGCGCGGAGUUUUACGUCCUGGCCGGCCAACGAGGUCCCUGA